AUGGCGUACGUUGUUGAUGGACAAUGGCUUACAACUUCUAAAUUUAAAAUUGAAAAGGAUUCAACAGGUAUUGAAAAUAACGUGAUUUAUCCAGAAGAUCUCAGUAUUUAUAAUGAAGAUCUGAAAUCAACCAUUGAUGAAAAUUAUACUUCAUUUGAUGCCUUUUCUCCAACUUUAGAUCACUCAACUGAAUCCAGUUCAAAUCAAGUCACAAAUGAAGGUUCAAAUAAUAAUCCUUUGAACUAUAGAUCUGAUACUGAUACGAGUGCUUUUACAAAUAUUUCAGCUGGUGAUAUAAGUCCAUUCGAAUCAUCAGAUAUUGAUAACCGUCAAAAUCCUAUUGAUAAUAUCACAAAAGAAAAUGAUGAUGAGAGUUUCAAGUCAAUUGAUAGUGAUGAUGAACUGUUUUCAAGUACUCAAGGUACACUAAUGGGUACUGAUACGCCAGUAAAUGGCUCAUGUUCAAAUUCAAUCAAUCAACAAAAAAAUUUGGUUAGCUUACAGAAUACUAAUGGUAGUCGUCAAGUUAGAUAUUACACAAGUAUGUCUGUUUUGGAUAGGUUUAAAAAAUAUUUCAAAUGA